CGCGAGAGAGAGAAUCGUCGAUCUCCUCGGCCGAUUCUUCUCUUCUCUUCUCUUCCUCGGAGGGCGAAAAAACGAAGCGAGCCUCGCGCUACCAGUAGCCACUUGUCUCGCCAGCUAUCGGAGACACGCACAGACUAUUAAUACGGACGACACACACGCGCGUACGCACGUACGCACGCACGCACGCACUAUCUAUCCGUCGACGGAGACGCGCUCUGCCCGCCCUUUCCCACGAAGAGAACCACGGAGGUUUCUCGGAGCGGGCGAAAUUUGCGCCACUGCUUACGUUAGUGUACGUAUGUAUACAUGUAGAACGAAAACAAUAAUCAGCUGAUUCGGUGGCAGGGGAAGUCGGGCGCGGAGAGGAGCGGAGAGACGGCAUCGGCCGCAAUCGGGACGAGACACGAGCGCCGUUCGUCGGCGAUCGUUCAGCGAGGACUGGGGAAAGCGGGGGAAGGGCGACGAGGAUAUGACUGCUAGUUUGGACAACUCUGGAAAUUUCGAGUAAAGCGGAUUUUUCAAAAUGUGAAAAAUCCCAAAAACAGAAUUACGAUGCUAAUGCAUUUUCUACCUGAGUUAUAUUAUAAAUCGCAAGAUGUUGAUCUACUUUAAUCUGAUCGUAAUAACGCUGAUAGAUAUUGCCGCGACACGUCCCAAUUUCUUACUGAUCAUUAUCGACGAUCUAAGGACCUCAUUGGGAUGUUACGGUGAUACCAAUGCAUACACACCGAAUAUAGAUGCCUUGGCUGAGGAUAGUAUUGUUUUUACCGAGGCAUUUGCACAGCAAGCCUUGUGUGCGCCCAGCAGAAAUUCUUUUCUGACUAGUAGAAGACCGGAUACUCUUCGACUUUACGACUUUUACAGUUAUUGGCGCGAUAAAGUCGGUAAUUACACCACGUUACCGGAGCAUUUGAAAAACAAUGGAUACACUACAAUGUCCAUAGGAAAAGUAUUUCAUCCAGGUAUAAGUUCUAAUGGAUCCGACGACAGCCCUUAUUCGUGGACCGAGAGGCCUUUUCAUCCAUAUACAGAUCGGUAUAAAAAUACUCCCGUUUGUAAAACAAGCCCACGAUCGGAACCAGCGACGAAUAUUGUAUGCCCGGUACGUGUAUCAACCAUGCCAAAUAAAACAUUGCCUGAUAUCGAGACGUUGCGAGAAGCGAGAAAAUUCAUACACGAGCAUAGAGAAGAUAACGAUCCUUUCUUUCUAGCUGUCGGCUUUCAAAAGCCUCACAUACCGUUGAAAUAUCCUGAACGUUAUCUAAAAUAUCACCCUAUACGGAAGUUCAAAAUGCCCGAGCCGUAUAUAUGGCCAGAUAAUGUAAAUAACGUCGCUUAUAAUCCCUGGACCGAUCUACGGUGGAGGAGGGACGUGGCGAAAUUAAAGUUGAAAUUUCCAUGGGAAAAAAUACCAAAGAAGUAUGGGAAACUAAUUAUCCAAUCGUACUAUGCAGCCGUAUCUUAUGUCGACAAUAUGAUUGGCAAACUUAUACACCAGCUAUAUGUCUCGAGGAUUCGAGAGAAUACUAUCGUAAUAUUAACAUCCGAUCAUGGUUGGGCACUUGGAGAGCACGCUAUUUGGUCUAAAUAUAGUAACUUUGACGUUGCUGUACACGUACCUCUGAUAAUAUCGAUUCCGACAGUCACGUUUGAUACUGAUGAUAAUUACGAUAUAAUUAGAUCUAUGCAUACGAGAUAUAAUAUAACGCAGAUUACAAAUUAUGAUGAAAUGAGAGGUAAGACGGAUUCAGAGUACAUGAUAUUUGACGAAAGAGAGCUCGACAUUUGGAGAAGUACAAAAUAUAAUACAAGCGAGUAUAAAAAAAUUACCUCGGAGACAUACGUUCGACAAAGAUAUAAGAAAUCUGUGGAGAACAAUGCGUUACAUAUUUCUAGAAAGUUGAGGAGAAACUAUUGUCGAGUUACGAACGCUAUCGUCGAACUCGUCGAUAUAUUUCCGACAAUCGCGGAUUUGGCGGGUGUCCCCGUGCCAAUAUGUCAAAACGACGAAGAAAGUCAUCGAAUGCGCUCGAAAAAUAUUUCUUUUUCACGGAAGGUAACGUCCAAUCCUUGCAGCGAGGGUAUUACGCUUCUACCACUCGUAGAAAAUACGUUAAGAUGUCAGAACGUAUCUUGGAAAAGAGCGGCCUUCAGUCAAUAUCCGAGACCGGAAAUACAGCCUACGCUUCAUCCCAAUAGCGACAAGCCUCGUUUGAAAGAGAUAACUAUAAUGGGUUAUACUUUGAAGACCAACGAUUAUCGUUACACAGCGUGGUUACCAUUUACGCACGAGACAUGCAAACCAGAUUGGGACAUCAUUAUCGCAGAGGAAUUAUACGAUCACAAAACUGAUCGGGCGGAAGAUUUUAAUAUAGCAGCUUCACUGAAAAUGUUAAACACGAAGAAAUAUCUUAGAUCGUUGUUAAAAAAUGGGUGGAGAAACGCUCUUCCAAGAUACUGAAGAUUUUAGGAUAUAUCAAAGCAAUGUUUAAUACUUCUCUAUGUGUUAUAUCUAUAUCUUAAAUAUUUACGAGAUUUAUAUUUGUCUAUUGUAUGUUUGUAUAU